AUGUACCCGGUCCCCCCGUCGUUUCCGGCCAAUUUUCUCUGUCUGACGCCUCUUCUCACUCUUUCACUUGAACUUGCACGCCAUGUCCUAAUCUGCCCUGAAUCCACUCAUAUUACCCUGGAUACAAUAUCAAGUGGUCCCGCCCUGAUGGAAGGAGAAACCGUCCCAGUGCAAGAGACCGCGCAAGUCGACCCAGCGCUUGCCGAAGCAGCGCAAACCGAACUCGCGAAUAUCGAAGCCCCAACCCAUACCGAACCACCACCGCUCCCCUACUCAUUACAUACAAGGAAGAAGGCCAUUGCCAUCUUCUGGACCAUCUUCGUGAUCGAUACGUUGGGCCAGCCGCUCAUCUUCUAUUGGUGUCUUUGGUAUCUGACAGAUUUGUCUCAUAAUGUCGUUUUCUCGAUCGUCACAGCGUCUUUGGGAGGUGUCUCGGUCUUCGAAUACUUCUACCGCCUUUACAAUUUGUUCCGCAAACAUUCGCGCGCUCGCCCCCUGAAUGCCCGCGUGUCAUGGUUGGACUUCUUUCAGAUCAACUUCACGAUUGUGUGGUUGAUCUUGGCCGUUGAGCUUAUCGUUGGAUCGGUACCUGAGGAACCAUAUGUGCGUCUCAUCGCCAUGGUUCUUCCGACCGUCAUGUUCUAUUUCGGCAUCGUCUACCUCUCCCUCGAUGUUUUCCGUAUGAUGGGCUACAAAGCACCAUUCCGAAUUUCGUCUACACCCAAGGGUUCCGUCAUGCCGACAGCUCUGUACGCUCUUAUCGAGGAUGUCGUUGCAGUGGAUGGUGGUGGUGGACAGAUUUACCGAUACGCUCUUCGAACACGAUACCUAUCGAGUCCCUAUUUCCGACGGAUGCUAUUCGAGAUGAACUGCUUCUGGAGUGGAGGGUCAAUUGUGUUCGCUGCAGCUAUCACUGCGGUCGUGUUCACAGUCGAGGAAUCCGUGGCAUUCACAUUGGGCUGGUCCCUUCCAUUUGCCUGGGCUAUCGUUUGGACCAUCAUUACGAUUCCUUGGGUGCAAAGCGACCUUCGUCGCGAGAAAAAAGCAUGGGCAGAAAACCGCGGCCAAGGUGGUAUCCCUUGGGUCGACGAUAUCAGCGCGCCCACGGCGCGCACCCGCUUUGCCCAUGGGACUCCCACUGAGGCAUCCGGCGCUGGUGCCGACACUCCUCGCAAUGCAACUGGAGCCUCGCAUGGGCAGACCUCUAUUGAGCAAACCUCCUCCCACGAGCAAACAUUCGGCGGCAUCCCAGAUACUGAUCCGGCCAAAGAGGUUUCGCCCGUUUAA